AUGUGGCACGCUCUAGUAGAUGAGCUUGUACCUGUUUUGCCUCCAUUUUCACUCUUGACUGGUCAGCGUCCUCAAUCAGAAGUUCUUCUGGUCCUGGACAAACGCCCGCAAUUUCUCUCACCUUUGACGGACAUCACUGUGUGUGAAGGUGAAGAUGUAGUUCUUAGGACGAAAGUCAGUUCAGCUUCUCCAUUUACAGUCACUUGGCGAGGACCAGCCGUGCACCCGGAAAGGGCUGUAGUAGAGACAGAUGAUGGUUACACACUCUUGAGGAUUCCUAAAAUCGUGCCUCUAGAGUGUGGUCCUUACUCAGUUGUCGCUGAGAACGAGCAUGGCUCGUCUUCGUCGCUUGCCUUUGUCAAGGUUAUUGCGCGUCCCGAGGCUCCUUCUGCUGUGGUAUGUGAGCGAGUUGGCCGCAAUGCUCUUCUCCUAAGCUGGAGCCCCGCCUCAAAGUCUGGCUCCCUUUUUUGCGUGGAGUAUAGAAGCGAAGGUUGA